CGUCUAAAAGAGUGCGUACCGCGACUUUCCACCGGGUGACUUUUCCGAAAGUGACCUCGCGGGUUGGUUUGGUGCCCCCUUCCCGCCGUCGUUUUCUCGCUAAUCGCCAACGUCAUCGUCAUCAUCAUCGUCGUCAUUAUCGUCGUCGUCUUCGUCGUCGUCUUCGUCGUCGUCGUAGUAGUAGUCGUUGUCUCCUCCUCUCCGCCUCCACGUGACAGUGCACGACCACGUGGUCUACGAUUGAUCGAUCGCGCCCUCACCUCGCCGCGGGAUGCCAAGAUCUCCCGCUACAAAGUGAGACAGAUUCCGAAAAGUGUUGACGUUUAGUGUAUUCCGAAGAUGAAUUAUGUAAGCUAUAAUGAGAUUCGUGCGUAAUGCGUGAGUCAACCAUUACUGAGAGCAAAGAUUAUCGAGAAUCAAAUCUCAAGGUGGGAGCCACGCGCGACGAAGGGAUUCGAGAAUCUGCGUGAUGCACGUACGCGUACGUGAUUCAUUACACGCAGGAUCGCAUAACACAAUCGGCCUCGCGUAAGUUGAGAGAGGAUAUAUCGGCAUGCCCGCGUGCCGCGCGCGUCGAUCGAUCGAGGACGGUAUCUCGCCACCGACCACCGUCCACCGUCUCGAUUCCGCGGUGAAAUCGGGCCGGGUCGAGCGGCCAGGCUGUCGAUUGUGAGAACGGUAAAGCCGGCACCGACUCGCACCACGGAACCGGCCUGCCACGUGACUUUCGGUGGCUGUGCCCGCCGCGGCUUCUGCGUCGUUCGAUACACGGGAGCGUGCGCCAUUGGAUGCAAGACGCCAAAGAUUCCACCGAGUGGACUCGCAAGUGGAUCGCUCGAUUGCAUUGGUGAUCCUCCGACAUUUUCUCAAAUUUAUCAGUUAUUCUGUCGACGGCGAAAAGGGAAAGAAGAAAGGUUGACGGUCCGAGUAUGAGGAAAACCCGCGCGCGACGACGGAAUGCCGCUUAAUUACGCGCCGACGUAUCUGAUCGAACGAUCGGAGCUGCUUCGGUGAAGCGAAGGAGAAAAACGCGAGGCAGAUCGGCAGAGAUCACGUUGCAUAUUGCGCGCGCGGAACCGGAGAGUUGAAUGCGCGCACGGGCAGGCGGCGAGGUCGUCCCCCUCGACGAUCGUCUCAAAACAAGCCUCGUCGAAACUCGUUCGAAAGCUGACGCAUCGCGUGAACGCGAGACGCAGUCCGGAGGCGAUCGGUGACGCAAGAUCCGAGGCAUUGAACUGUCCCCGCCGUACGUUUUAACGCGACAAAAUUUUACGAGCGCGACGAGAUUGCGCGACGCGCAAGUUGAAUUUACGAUAAAUAUCUCGCGGAUUAUCGUCGUUCGCGCCGCGUGAUUGACGCGCGCGUCCAAUUGCCCGUUAAUUCGCCUCGUAAUUGCUCUUACCCGUUGCAUUAGCGAAGUCUUGCUAAAACGGCCGCGUAAAUGCGAGUCUCCUCGUCGCGCGAUCGAGAUGUCGAGCUCCGGCGAGCGGCCGCGCUGACAGCUGUUCGCAAAUACCGUUGACGUUCGAGCUCUCUUAAUUGAGUGGGACAUAACGCGCGCCGAGAACAGCGUGGUUUCCUCCCGAGAUGACUCUUUAGCGGUAGUGAAAGUUACGUUUGACAGCGCGAAUUUGCAUACAAUUAUAGCAGUGCCAUUGUAGCUCCGUCACUACGGAUACUCCGAAGUUUCAUGCCAUAGUAGUGAUACACGAGAAUUCCAUUCAAGACUUUUUUUUUUAUAAAGAAAACGUUACGCAAAUGUGCACUUGGCAGCGUGAAGCGUGUGUCACUAAUCUUUUUUUGUGCCACUUAAUUAUUAUAAAACUGGCGUAUGAGCAAAUUGCUUAUAAUAGUGUUCGUGCGCAUCUGUAAUGAAACGUCAUCAAGCAGCGAUGAUCGCAAGAAGCUCACUACCGCGAUUAAUGGCUGGAGUUUUAAUGCCCGGAUCGCGUAUGGAAAUUUAAUCGCACGUGGAGUCAAGGCGAAACCCGAUGAAAAACUUACCGAGACGUACUCGGGAACGUUUCGCCAACGACGCGCAACUCCUUGCGGUUUGAACGCAAGAGCGCGACCGCUUGUUGAUAUUUCUCUUAAAUAAACCAAGUUUAUCCGGUUAAUGGACGAUCAUUAUGCCAUCAAGGAAUAAUAAGAGGAGAUUGCUGCCGACGAUGCGAUUCGACAAACGUACGUGGAUGUUGCUAACAAUUGGAUCUUCGUAAUUGGCCGAAGUUCAACGGCGACAGCGAACCUAUGCGCGCAUUCCUCUCUCAUCAAACAAUCAUUACUAGAUGAUAUAUGCGUUAUUCGUAGACCUUAAUGGCAAAUAGACGUGGAUCGAUUGAAUUGAAAUUUAACACGAGGCUUUUGUACCUCGUUAUCGAGACAUCCUUCUUAUCUCAUUAUCGUUGGAAUUAGCAACGACAAACUGGCACAGAGUCACGACCUCUGGGUUUAUUUCCAAUUGACGAUGGCGAGCUCAUUGAAACUCGAGGAUUAAGUAAUCGAUAUCUCUGAUACUUGUGACUUCCUUGUAAUUGGUCACGGAACAAACGAGAUCACGGCGAAAGGAGGCUCUAUGUGCGCGCGUCCGUACUCACUUGGCCAUUGUCGGUGUCUUGCUGUUACCUUUCAACGGCCAGCAACUAUCUCGUCGGAUCUGCGUGUGUCCCGGCGAGCGAGGUAGCGGGCAUCAUCAACUGGACUCUGGAGUCCAUCAUGUCUGUCUUGGAGGCCGGCGAAGCCGACCGGACGACGACGAUGUCACCGCUGGACGAGGUCGUAUCCCCGACGAGCGUCGAGUCGGAACUGAUGGUCACUGACAUGUUGGACGAGCACGAGGCUGCGCUUAACGAGCAUAGCAAGCGCAAGAGAGACACGGACGGCGAGGAACUGACACCGAGGAAGCUGCCGUCGCUCACGAGAAACAACAACGAGGUCGGGUUCGUCCUCGAAGGGAGCCCCGACGACGAGGAUAGGGACGACGACCGUCUGACUGGUCAUGGGGGCAUCUCCUCGCUGGGCGGCGGGAAUUCGUCGCCCUAUUCCGGUGCCCAUCAUCACGGGCAUCGGGGAAACGGAAACGGGGGCGGCAUGCCCCACCACGGGGGCGCUUCGUUGCCGACCGCCUCCGACUUCCAACCCCCUUACUUUCCGCCCCCGUUUCCCUCGCAUCACCACGCGCCCGCUAGCCCCCAGCAUCCCGGCCUCGGCCAACCGCAACACCUGGAUUACCUCGUCGGCGAUCCUUAUACGCAAACGCUCAACACGCUGCACCAGCACCACUACAAUCAUCUGAGCGCUGCCGUCACCGCGGGCCAGAGGAGCGGCGAUCUCAGGAGAGACACCGAGGGGAUUCACGUGACGAACAUGCACGCGUCGUUCCCGUACGACGGCGGACGCAGUAGUGGCGGAGGCGGUGGUGGCGGAGGCGGCGGCGGCGGCGGUGGCGGUGGCGGUGGAAGGGGCGUCGAGUAUGGCGCCGUACGUCGUCCUGACGCCCUCCUACCGCCUCCAGGCCUCGACCAGACCGACCUCGUUCUACACAGCAGCCUCGUUGACGACCCCCAGGUGAGCGACGAUAACACAAAUGUGGACGAUGGAGGGUUCAUGAACGACUUGCCAUUAUUAAAAAAUCUGAAACCUUCGGACAGGAGCGAGAAGGCUAUGUUGUCCGGAAACGCGCAACCGUCGGACGUAUUCUGUUCGGUCCCAGGACGAUUAUCGUUACUAAGCAGCACCAGCAAGUACAAAGUUACGGUAGCGGAGGUUCAAAGACGACUGUCGCCGCCGGAAUGUUUGAACGCGAGUCUUCUCGGUGGCGUGUUACGAAGGGCUAAAUCCAAAAACGGCGGGCGUCUGCUUAGGGAAAAAUUGGAAAAAAUUGGUUUGAAUCUGCCAGCCGGUAGAAGGAAGGCCGCCAACGUCACGCUCUUAACAUCCUUAGUGGAAGGAGAAGCCAUUCACCUUGCCAGGGACUUCGGCUACGUUUGCGAAACCGAAUUCCCCGCGAAGCAAGUCGCCGAGUACCUCAGUCGGCAGCAUUGCGAACCGCAAGACUCCUACAGGAGAAAAGAACUUCUUCAUGCCACCAAACAAAUCACCAAAGAGCUGAUGGAUCUUCUGAACCAGGACAGAUCGCCACUUUGCAAUACGCGGCCGCAACAUAUUCUUGAUCCUAGUAUACAGAGACAUCUCACUCAUUUCUCUCUCAUAUCACACGGAUUCGGAAGUCCUGCGAUUGUGGCCGCUUUAACGGCUAUACAGAAGUUCCUAAGCGAGUCUUUGAAUCAUCUGGAAAAGAUGUAUCCCGGGAACGGUAGCGGCGUAACGAGCAGUCAACAGUCGAAUCUCGACUCGAACAAAAGCAAGGAGGGCACGCUGAUGAACGACAUGAAGAAGUGACGCACAGAAGACCCGCCUACCUCGAACGUGGUCACGUCUAUCAGGCACUCCUGGCCGUACAACUGAGCUUCCGUGCGUCCAUCGCUAUUGCGGAAAGCUCGCAGUGGAUCACUGAAAAACGCGUACGCGUACACACGUGCUCGCGGGCACGUCGCACACGCUGCUGGCACUCGCGUGCGACGUGCCGCGUGCCCACCGUACGCCGAGGUUGGCUGGUCGUAAGCUUCCGUAGGCAAUUCGACACGCAGGCUGCGUGCGAUACGUGCGAAAAUGUGCAAUCAGGGAUAGUCGAUGAAUAGGAAACGGGAGGAGAGGAAAAUUCUCAUUUCGUAACGGAGCCCCGGGAAGCCGAGUACCGAGGGGCUCAAACUCUUUGUCGCUGGUCGCCUUUGGUAUAGAUUCUAUUCGUUUUGUAUGUUGUCUUGAAAAUGUCUUAGAACGUCCCAGAGACCUGCCUACGAAAAUCAUCAGGUCUUUCUCUCGUCAACUUGCAGCUGCGCAAUUACAUUAUAUUAUCGACAAAAAGUUGGAAAAAAUAAUUGUAGGCAGUGAAUACAUAUUUGUUUUAAAUAUGCACCACAAGAGUCAAAAUUAUAUUUCUCAUGAAUAUCCAAUGGAUAUUUUUAAUGAACAAUCUAAAAAAAAAAUGAUACACAUAUUCCUUUACAAUUGAUGAUUUUUUUAUUUUCUUUCUUAGAAAUGUUGUGUAUUAAAGUUUUAGUAAAAGAAGUUUGAAUUUGCGUUUGUAAGGAAUCUCUUUAUUGUAGAAAUAUAGUAAAAUCUGUGUUAAUAAAUUAUUUAAAAAUGCGCGAAUAUUGCGAAAAAUAGAUACUAGAAAAUAUCUGUUGGAUAUUUGUGAUAUGGAAAUAUAUUAUCCACAUAUGAUCAUAUGCUCGAGGCAAAUAUUAAAAAUACAAAUAAUUUACCAUCUUUUUAAAUAAGAUAAACAAAGAUAUAGCAGCCAUGAUUUUUGCAAACAUUUAUACUUUCAAUACUUUAUCCCACCGAUAAUUCAUUGCAAAUAUGACAUAUCGAUCUUUUUUAAAAAAAUUGCGAUUCGAUAGUGCAUAAGUUACAUCCAAGUCACCAUUUUAUGCACUUUUGAACAUGCAGCCGAUGAAGUUUUCUAUACUGGAAACAAAGCUGAUCUAAUUCGUUAAAGAGAUAAUUAACGAUAACAAAAGUUUAAGAAAAUUAGAAUGAAUAAAUAUGUAUGAUAAUGUGAAGAGAAUUCUUUGUUUUCAUUAUUCGAUUAAUGCAUUUAAAAACUAUAUUCAGUACAGAUAUUGUAAUACGAUAAGUAACUGGUGUGAUAAAAAAAAUGCGACAGAUAUAAAAAUAUAAGGUCCUAUUUGAUUCUCUCGUAUUAUUAUUCUUUGAUUUUAUUAAAAAUUUCACGCAAGAAAAUUGUGAUUUAUGGGGAAAUCGGAUAAAAAUAAAUUUCGUGAAAUAUUUAUGAUAGUCGGAAAAUGCGAGAAACCUAGUGCAAUCAUUAAUAUUAAUUUAACAAAUUAUUAGUAUUAACUAUCUUCUGCAAUUUUUGCAAUCCAAUCUAUAAUUUAUAAUUAUUAAUAAGCAAUCCGCAAGAGAAAGAUAAUUCGCAGAUCGUUUUAAAUUAUAAAAAAAAACACAUAAUUAAGAAAGAUAAAAGGAUAAACAUAAUCAAGAUUUGUAUCUUCGAUAUUUCUUCGAACAAUUAGAGGUAACGUUCUUUUGUUAUUAGUAAAGCUGUGCUUCCAUCAAUGAGACUUACCUGGACCAGCAAUUCUUUGUGUAAUUAGAAGCGGUCGUGUAUAAGUAUCAAAGUGCAACUUAGUCCUCGGUAACCGAUGUAUCAGUUUAGUCACCUCUACUGACAUUAAUCAUGGAACGCCGUGCGAUUAACCACAAGCAAGGAUUAUUCUGCCUUUUACAGGCGCACACUCGCGUGAUAGUCAGGAACGACAUUAAGUCCGGGGAAUCGCCAAGAUUGAAGUCCUUUUGACGAGAUUCUAAAUGUUUCACCGAAAGAUAAAUAGUUGAAUUACCGUAAAAUAUUAAAUCGUAUAGUAUAUUAUUUGUAUAUUUUUCUUUGUAAUAUUUUUAUGCUAUUUUUGGAUCUAGAAAGGUUUAUUAAUCGAUAAAAAAAAGUUAUUAUUGUGACGAUACUGUAAAAAAUUAAGUAAAGCUAAACAGUAAAAUUGUAAUAAAAUUUAUCGUAGUCAGUAGUCAACAAGAAUAAAAAAGAAUACACUGUGUUCACGAAAUAAUUAAUGAUAUAGAAUAGAAAAUAAUAUAAGAUUAAAUUCUCAUAAUUUUCUAUAGCGAUAUUUUACACAAGACCUUUUCAAUAUUUGUAAUAAUUGCUACCGCGACGAAGAAGUGAAUCGUUUAAAAAUAAGAAACAUCUACAUCACACUUGUCAGCAAUUGGAUUCUCCUCCGAAAAGACUGCACUCAAGGCUAUUCCCCACCAUUAUCGUGCCAAUGCGAAACUUGCCAUUAAAAAGAUGUGCCAAUUAUCGAUAUCGAGUUAUUAACGUAAGCGACUGGCGGCUAAGAAAACUGGGCACAGAGGAAAAGCGGUAAUAGCGCAACGAAAAACGAACACUUCCUCGAACACGCGAAUGACACACGCGUGACAAAACGGAAGUCUCCUCGGGAGCGACGCGCAAACACGUCGGCCGCAUCUCGGACUCGCCAGUCACGAGAAAUUGUAUGAAGUACAAUACCAGGUGAACCUGAGACAUAUCUAACUUUGUAAUUAAAUCUUAGGCGUAUAUAUAUAAAUAUAUAUAUAUAAAUAUAUAUAUAAAUGUAAGAGAUUAAAAAUAAAGCGGGAAAGAGAGAAGACGAGGACGAAGAAGAGAAAGAGAGAAAAAAAAGAGGCGAUCUUGACAGCGGACGCCUCGCGUCGUCGCGGAUUAUGUACAGAAUAUUUGAAUCUUUCUUGUGAUAUAAUCGUACACAUUACUAAGGUGUAAACCGAUAAAAAAAAUACAUUAUACAUUCCAUGUUUUUUCAUAGAAGUGAAAUAUUAGUGGGGUGGUCGUACAGCGUCAGAGACCAGCUCGUAGAAUCGAACCAUGCCACGAAGACUCGCGUCUUCUUAUGGUGUCAGAGGCGGCUCUAGGACUGGCAAAGCUUUUAGGUGAAUUAAAAAAAAAUUCAUACUGUUAUGCUACCGAGAUCUAAUCGUGACAUUCUUCACAUCAACGGGCUCCCGAGAGAAUUUCAUCCUCUUACAUUCGUAUUCUUACUCUUGCAUUUACACAAGUUCUUGAAUACUUUACGAAGAUUUCUCGUAUAAGCGAAUCUUUCGAGUACUCACAUGGGACUUGUGCAGCUUCUCGUGUGGCUUGUUCUUACAGUGGAGUCGCCUCUGCACUACGCAAAGUGUAAGACAAUUUUGUAAAUGUUAAAACGCAUUCCAAUCUUUAAAUCUGGCGUCUCCGAUAUAUUCCGUACUUCCGUAUUUACAUAAUUUCACGUUUAUACGCCAUAUUUUGCAAAUAAUGUAAUUCUUCAUUAAUAAUAUAGCACGUUAUUAAUUCAGAAAACAUCUGUUGUGAGUGAUCAGCAGCGUGACCUUUAUCACGCUUGUCUUUUUACCUGAGCAAUUUGAUUGCAUGGCAAGAAGAAAUUUUACGUUAUCGAGUAUAAAUUAAAGAUCGCUCUGCUGAUCAUCGUCCGAUGUACCGAAACAUCAAUGCAUGUUAGAAGCAAUUUGGUAUUAUGACGUUCUAAAUAAAAUGACGCAUACGAGAUAAGUAACAUAAUAAUGGUGUAAUUAUUAUGCGAAGAGUGCGGCGAAAAUCAGCAGCAUGCGUUUCAACAGGUACAAGAUGCGUGGACGCUUCAACGCGGCCCUCGAUUGCACUUUUAAGCGAACGAAUAUAACGAAUGAAUCUUUUACGGCUCCCGGUUCAUAUUGCAGAGGGAUUAGCUAGGAAAAAGUUAGGGAAAAGAAAAAAACUCGGCACCUUAUUUUCACUCACAACUACUUAGAUGCGACUUGUUAGAAGCUAAGGACUCCCGUAAAUUAAUACUUAUUUAUAACCCUUAGGACGGUCGUAGAAAUACGUUUUUCUACCAGAAUUUCUGUGCCAACUGCAAAGAAUGUUGUAGAUGAUUUUUUUGUUUCAAGUUGAAGCAUCAUUCUAAUCUUGUAAGAUACUCAGAUAUAUCUUUAUUAAAUAUAUUUGAAUUUCGUAGUAUAUUAUAUUCUGAUAUUGAUUAUACAGUUCAUUUUUGUAUAUUGGUGUGUGAUAAAUAAAUAAGAAUAUUGUUUCUAAGCAA